AUUACAAAGUUCUCGACAUAUUGCAAUAUUUAAUUAAUUUCAGGAAUUGUGAUGAAUUCACCAUUGAAUAUGACCGAAUUUUCAUUGGGUGAUGAAUUUUUGUUGGAUGUUUCGCAAACUGCAUUACCUAGAAAACCAUUAGCGGAGGUGACUCAACCGUUCCAAUCACCUAAAUCACCUAAACAACAAACGGAAGCGAUUCAACUUCCUUGUAUCAAUAUUUUGCAGAACAUAAAAGCUAGCGCUCAGGUUGAAGAAUCAUUAAAAGAAAUAGAAAAUACACAAAUGCACAUUAUUAACAUUAUUAAGAAUUGGAAAGGUGGACCUAUUGGAAUUGAAGAUUUAGCUGAAAAACCACUGUCACCAAUAAGUGUGAAGAAAGCUUUUGAAGCUUUGAUUUGUCUCUCAACUAAGGACUACGUUAAAUUGAUUACCGACGAAAAUUCUUGUAUACAGACCAUUGAAAAAGGUGUUAAGCUUGAGUAAACAUUUUUAUUUUAAUUACUAGUUUAACACAAUUAUAUUGAUGUAUUUUUGAUCACCUAAUAUAUAAUAAUCAGUUUUAA